UUUUUGCUCGUUUUUCUUACGUCCGCUUGAGUCGUUCGUUCAGCGCUGCUACCGACCGACCGACCGACACCGGUGCGGCUUGCUAGUGUAGUAGUCGCAUUCUCACCUCUACUAACGGGACACCUAACCAUACUGAACGCCCGGAGGUGUGCGCUGUAUCGGUCCAGUUUUUUUCACUUACAGCACUAUGUGAAGGUCUGAAAAAUUAACCUAUCUUCUGCAUGCUCCCGCACAAUCUGGUCAUAAAUUGCACCAUUUGAGUCGAUUGAAAACACAAAAGAACCAAUUUCAUCCCAUCAUAAGUGCUAAUAAACGCUGCGAACAUCCACUGGCUUGGUCAAUCGGAUGGUCACAAUCAGUCGCAAGCGUGCAUCCGAUACGCAAUGUCCAGAUAUUUUGCGGGACCUAUGUUGCUCGUAACAGUCCUGUUCAGCAUCGCCCCACAGGAACUGCUAGCGAGGAAUCUCGUCUGCAACGAUAAGCCGGAAGCUUUCUGGCAGCAGGAACCGGAAUCGUGGUGCCUCAUCGAAAAUGUCGACCUGGAGGAAUCAUCCGAGGACAUUAACUUUCCCGAGCAAACGAAAAUUUACCUGAGAAACUUCAAUGUGUCCUAUCUGUCGCCCACGCUUCUUUUCAAAAUGAAAAGUGUACAACAUCUAACGGUGGAAUACUGCUCGAUGACCAAGUUGUUCAUGAAACCAUCACUCAGCAGUAUGGAAAUCAAAAACAGCAACAUUUCCGAAGUGAUCAUCGACAAGGACAGCAACUACGAAUUGCAGAAUUUCAGCUUGGAGGGAAUCUACCGAAAAACAUUCCCGAAUAAUUUCAUUCGACUAGUAAGCCUGGAAGAGCUUUCGAUCAGACACAAUGAUUUAGUGAAAUUCAACAUGAGACAACUGAACGGUUUAGUCAAACUUAAAACCUUAGAUUUGAGCUACGACAGUCUGGAACAGUUGAUCAUUCCGGAAGUUUUAAAUCUACCCAGCCUCAAAGACCUCUGCUUGGCGGAAAAUAAACUCCAAAAAUUGCCCGCAAAUCUUCGUCGACUGCGAACACUUGAAACGUUAAAUCUUCAUUCCAAUCAAAUCGCCUUCCUGGAGAUGAGCCACUUCAACGGAUUAAAUCACCUAAAAAAAUUAGUUCUUAGCGGAAAUCGACUACAGAUAAGCACUUUAGAACCAGUUUCUCUACCCUAUCUCGAGAAACUGGAGCUAAUUGGUUGCGGCUUAAAGGAACUCGAUAUGCUCUACUGGAAACUGCCUGCGCUACGAUACCUUAACGUUUUCGAAAACAGCUUGGUUUCCAUACUAAACUUCCCGGAAAGUUUCACCAAAGAACUAGUAUUCGUCCCGGUGGGAAACCGUUGGAGUUGUCAAACACUGGAAGCCAUCAGUAGCAAGGUAACCAUCAAAGUCAAGGAACGCGAUCAUUACUGCGAACACAAAGUAGCCGAUAUUUGCUGCAACGGAGGAAACAUUGACUUCAAUCUAGUGGAUACGCUGGACCGGAAAGUGCAACUGUUGAAGUUUCAAAAUUCGAUUCUGUAUGACAAGUUGGAGGAAACCAACGAAAAGCUGGAGAAAGUGAUCGGUGUUGUCGACCAACGUGUCGUAAAAAAAUAAAACAAAAUCAAAUAGUGUAAAGUGUGA